UCGAAGGGAAGACAAGCAUUCUCGCCGACAUAUUGCCAAGGCAGCAAACCCUAGCUCGCUUUGGGAAGCCCGAAGAAGCCCGCAUUGGGAGGAAAGCUGGGGCUGACAUGGCUGACCAUGAGACUCGGGCAGACGCCUUGAAGGCGCUGGAAGUUUCGAUGACAGGAAAGUUUGCCAGCACCCCUGAGCUUCAGAAACUUCAGCGAGACAGCAACGAUGCCAACCUGGGUGUGAUCCGCGCGGCGGUGUCCAGGUCCUACACCGUGGAAUGGCGGCCGCUGCACCAGUCUGACGCGCCUGUGGCAAGCAUCCGAGAUCUGGAGGCGGCGCGCCGGGGGAAUCUGCUGCCCUUUCGGGCCAUGGGCUGCCCCAGCAGCCCCCUUUGCAGCAACUGCCAGUGGCCUGAGCGCCGAUCCUGGCUCUUGUGCUUGCUGAAGAGGCUGAAGAUGCCCACCCGGGUGGUGAAGCAGGUGCUGCAGCUGGCGCGGCCCCACCGCCGUGCCAAGGCCAUGGACUUCCCCCCGCGCACGGAGCUGCGGAUCCGGUGGCGGGACCCCUGGGAGGAGAACAUUACUGCAGAAGAGCAGGCCCAAGAGGGCAGCCAUGGACGAGCAGGAACAGUGACCUGCGAGUACUACGAUCCAGCGAGCUUGGCCAUGGAAUUCCACGCCAUGACGAUGUACCCGGUGGACGACUUCAAGAUGCUGCGCGGGGGCUUGCUCCACCUGGUGGGCGAGUACCAGCUCUUCUGGAGUGCCGUCCUGAACUUUGCGGACUCCCAAUCCUGUGCGCCUCUGGAGGGGCUCUACAAGUGGGGUGAGACCGUGCCACGACUGGAGUACCAGAGGAUGUGUCGCUGCUUGCAAUCUGGCUCGUCAAAGAUGCAGUCUCGUUCAAGAUUUGCCUUGCUCAUGUGCAGGGAGCUGUGCUCCGAGAGCACGGAGCUCCACACGCUGCCGGCCUGCGCCUACACGGACCUGGAGGACGCCUCCGUGGCGGAGCCCAUGCCGCGCUGGUGGCAGGACGCUACUUUGGAGUGGGACCGCGUGCUGCGGCGCAUGUUUGAAGGCAACGGCGAGCCCCGUGCGAUCGGUUGCUACUACUACUGCUUCGGGGGCUGUGCCGCGCCGGAUGGGCGCGACGGCUCGGAGGGGCAGUGCCCCUACUGGCACGACGCCUUGUGGGGCGCGCAUGCGCAUCAGUGCAUCUCCUGUCCCAGGGCCUGCGGCUUCUGCGGGGACUUCGCAGAUGAGCUGCGCUGCGGAGCCUGCAAGAUGCGGUUCUACUGCAGUGAUGUGUGUCAGAGGGAGGAGUGGAAGUACCACAAGGCCGAGUGCCGCAGGGUGCGAUGAGGUAUGCAAGCGUGGCCAUUCUGGAGGCGCAUUAGACACAUUUAGACUCGUUAGCUGGACCGGCCCCGUGUCCGGAGCAGCGCAAAAAAGACUUUGUGGGCCAGCUGGGGGCUGCAAAGACAAUAAGGGGUUGUGCUGUCCCUUGCCAUAUGUUCGACCA